AUGGAAAACUUAUCAGAUGAUUUAUUGAUCGAAAUAUAUUCUCGUCUUCCUUACAAGACAGCCUUGAGAUGCAAAUCAAUAUCCAAACGGUUCUUCAAUUUGAUCUCAAACCACAUUUUCAUCGAAAGAUCCAUCCUUCACCACCACAAACUCCUCCUUCGUAUGAACCACCACGAAUGCCAGAAAGAAUGGCGAUUAUGCUCCCUCUCUAGGCGCAAGAAACUAGUCUUGUUCCUCCCCCACAAUAUUCAUGGUGAUCUUUCUUUUAACCCUCAAAACCAUUUGUCCUUGAGCUUUCUAGGACCCAAGUUUGACUCGAAAAGCGAUGAACCACCACCAACAAGACUAAGAAAGCGCUACAACAAAUAUUCAAAGAUCGUAGGGUUCUCUAACGGCCUGUUUCUAUGCAGAAAAUCACCACACGAGAGACUAUACUUUGUUUGCAAUCCCCUAACAAAGAAAAGUCUCAAAGUUGUUCCUAUGGCGCCACCGCUUAGGGGCCAAAACCUAGUAAAAAAUAGUCUCGGCCACGCACUCGAGGGAUUUCUUUGCGAACCUUACUACAAUAUCGAAGAAAACAUCGACUUAAUCUCUGUUAAUAAUUCUGUUCAGGGUUUAAGAUUUAGGAUUGUACUUAUACCUUUUUUCGAAGGUACAGUAUGUGAGUUUUUAAGAGGUAUAAAAAAGUCAGAGUUUGAAGUAGUAAUUUUUUCUUCAGAGACCGGACAAUGGACAACAAAACUUGUUUCGUGCACGAACGGUUCGAGUUUUACGCGACCAACUAUUCUUUCUGACCCGGUUGCACAUGGAGGGAAGCUUUACUUCAUGGGAAAGGAGAAUAUUUUGGUGUAUGAUCCUUUUCGCAACGAAAAUGAGUGCAACAUUAUUGAAUUUCCGAGUGGCUCGGAUCGUAGGAACAUUUCUUAUACGGGUCAUGUUGGUGUCUCUUGUGGAAAGAUUAGAGUAAGUUGUUUCUCUUCUUUUUCAUCUUUGGUGAAGUUGUGGGAGCUGAAUGAAGAGAACAAUGGUUGGUGUUUGUUGCAUGAGGUUUGUGUUCCAGCACAAGAUGAAAGUUCAGUGAGGGAUGAAUUGAGAGGAAGAGAAGGAGUUUAUGAAGUUGGUUAUGGAGUGUUUAGAGUGAGAGGGUUUCAUCCGUACCAUGGUGAUGUUGUGUUGUUUCAAUUUAAUCAUCGCAUAUUUUAUGGGAACUUGAAGACCAAAGAGUUUCGUACCGUUGGUUAUGGGACACAAGAUUAUUAUUCUUUGCAAAUAAUUUCACUUGACCUGCCAUUGUGGCCAACUCCACUUCCUCCCAUUAGGUAA